AUGGCGGAGCUACAGUCUUCCGUACCCCGCUAUUUGACCGGAGACAAGGCCGGUAUCCGCGAGUUUCUCAACAAGUUCGAUACACAAAUGGGAAUCAAGGUGUACUCUGGUCCGGCGACCACUGCUUCCCCGGAACAGUCGAGACUCUGGAAUUACUACGAAAGAAUGGUGGUAUUCGUGACAAACAACAGCACCAAGUCCCGCGCAGAUUAUCGCAAGAAGCUAGAAGGUCUUGGAAUUCCUAGCACAGUGGUACGUUGGACACAACCGUCCCGAAAGAUUCCCAGCAUGACUCACACCCAACAGGAAGAGAUCUUCUCCUCGUCAUACAGCUCCUCCAUCUACAUCUCACGCAUCCUGCAGCUCCCGGAGAAUAAGCGCAAAGUCUUCGUUAUCGGUGAAACCGGCAUCGAGCAGGAGCUGCGCUCAGAGAAUGUGCCUUUCAUCGGCGGUACAGAUCCCGCCUACCGCCGCGAAAUCACACCAGAGGAUUACAAGCUCGUCGCCGCCGGUGACGAGUCAAUCCUAGACCCGGAAGUUGGCGUCGUGCUAGUCGGUCUUGAUUUCCACAUCAAUUACCUAAAACAUGCGCUGGCUUACCACUAUGUGAAGCGUGGGGCUAUCUUCCUCGCUACGAAUAUCGAUUCGACGCUUCCGAGCUCUGGGGCUCUGUUCCCCGGUGCGGGAACGAUCAGUGCCCCGCUGAUUAUGAUGCUUGGACAGGAGCCUACUGCGCUUGGUAAGCCGAGUCAGGCGAUGAUGGAUGCGAUUGAGGGCAAGUUCCACUUUGAUCGUAGUCGUGCCUGUAUGGUUGGGGAUCGCGCGAAUACGGAUAUCCGGUUUGGCUUGGAGGGUAAACUUGGUGGAACACUCGGUGUUUUGACUGGCGUGAGUUCUCAGGAGGACUUUGUUUCUGGUCCUGUUCGGCCGCAUGCGUACUUGGAUAAGUUGUCGGAUCUGCUAGAAUCCGAUUGA